AUGGAGUGUUUGAAUCAUGGCUUCAUCCAUGACGAGAAAAUUCAUAGAUAUGUUACUAUUAAUUUAAUGGAAAUGGGUUUGAUGAGCCCAUUGGCGCUUGGUUCAACUCCACUGAUGUCCCUUCUAACAUCUCCGAUGUGGCGGAACAAGGUGAAUCAUGUGACGCCGUUGGCGCUGCAAUUUCCGGAGAGUAGGUUGAAGACGGUUCCGGCUAUGGGUUUGAUUUGUCGAUGGCAGUUGCUCAGGCAGACAUUGACGCAGAUCAAUCCCCCAACAAACCUCCACCUUUUCCGAAUGGGGUUCGUCAGGGAUGACAUGCAUUGA